CUGAAUACAAGUCACGUGAUCCGCGCCCGAAUACAUAGCGUACUUGGAUACCGGAAGUGGGCUUGUCCUGUACCUGUAGUUUCCGCUGGCAUCCGGCGGUUGUUAUGGUUACCAGCAAAGCUGCUACCUGAGAGAUGGAGGACGUUCUGGAGCUGGGGGAGACCCGGAGACCGGCGGCGGUGCGGAUGGGUCGCCGGGCCCGGGCUCAGGACAUUCCGCAGGAGGACGACCUUUCCCGGGUCUCCUCGUCCAGAGAGGGUCCCCCGAAGCCGCUGAGACAGGGGGGAUGGGCGGAUGAAUCAUCCGGGAUGUCAAAAUCAGGGAAACGCGGCACAGAAGAUGUGGAAGAUCGCCUGAGGCAGCGGAGCCUGGAUGACUCUGAUGAAGGUGGAGAUAUACCAGUGAUCCCAGAUCUGGAGGAUGUGCAGGAAGAGGAUUUGGCCCUUCAGGUGGCUUCACCACCCAGUGUACAGGUGAACAGAGUCAUGACGUACAGAGACCUGGACAAUGACCUCAUGAGGCACGCAGCCUUCCAGACCCUGGAUGGAGACAUCGACCUUAAACUGCUCACCAAAGUGCUGUCUCCAGAGGCGGAGGUGCUGGAGGACGACGUGCGAUGGGACUGGGACUUGUUGUACACUGAGGUGUCCUCGGAGCUACUCACAGAAUGGGACCUGGGGACGGCUGAGAGGGAGGACGGCCUCACUGUGUGAAUCUGUGCGCACCUAAUAAAUCUUUUAUAGAAAACAA